AUGUCUGAGGCCUCAGCCGCCAAGGAGCCCGGCCCGGCCGAGUGCCCCGUGUGCUACGAGAAGCUGCAGGCCCGGGAGGCCGCUCAGCGCCGCCUCAGCUGCGGCCACAGCUUCUGCCACGACUGCCUGGUGAAGUGCCUGCUGUGUGCCAAGCUCAACGGGCAGCUCCACAACAGCAUCAUCUGCCCCGUGUGCCGCUACGUCACCUUCCUCAGCAAGAAGAAAGCCGUCUGGCUGCCCAAGGCCGGCGCCGAGGCCCGGCCGCUGGAGACGCCUCUGUCCCCUUCCUCUUUGGCCCAGCUCACCAAACUGGAGGCCGGCAACACCUUGGUGGUGCCCAGCCACUUUGUGAUGCCCCUGCAGAGCUUUGAGCGGUGCUGUGGCGCCGGGAGCGGCCCCCUGGGCUCGCAGGGGGUCCCGGGGGAGCUGCCCCGGGAAGCUCACGUCUUUGUCAUCAGCCAGCACGGGAUGCCGCUGCUGGACACGGGCUGUGGCUCCCUGCGCAGGGGCAGCGGGGCAGAAACACACAGCUCGGUGUCAUCCAGCCUGGCACUGGGGGUGAAGUGCUGCCAGUCACCCAUUGCCCUCGCUGUCCUCCUCAUCCUGACCGUGGCCAUGCUGGCAGCCGUGCUGCCUUGGCUACUGCUGGUCAAGAGGGACUCGUAG